AUGAGGCCACGCUCAGUACCUGCGCCGCCAAUCAACUGUAUAACCAAUGAACCGAUGUUAUAUAAGGAGCCCAGCAUCAUGGAAUCAAUGUAUAUACCGAACAAUCCACAGUACGGUUUACAACUUGAGUACACCACAACCGGACAGUAUCCCGUUUAUCAUACCACAACAAAUUUUAAUGGUCCCGAUGAUGAUCCGAUCCAAUUUAAUGGAUAUAGCGUGAAUUCACCAGUGCAAAUAUGUGUAAACAAUGAUAAUCCAGAGAAUCCACAUUUCGAGGAAGUAACAAAUGUGUUAUGUGAUGAAAAUAAUUGUAUUGUAGAUGUUAGUGAUUUACGGCACCAUCAAUUACAUCAUACUGAAUGCGGUUGUCCGAAUGAUAGUGUAGAUAAUUUAUGCAGUGAACAUCAUCAUCAACAUGAUCAGCAAAAUAUCGAUGAUGAUUUGUGCCAUCAAAAUAAUAGUGAUUUAGAAUUGUGUGCAAGUGUACAAGGGAUUUCAAGUAGUGCGGGAAUUUGUGCGAAUACACAAAUUUAUUCGGGUAGUUUAAAUAAUAGUGUAGCACAACAAUUAUCAACGUCGUCGUCGGCAGCACCGUAUUGGGCAACGGAUGUUGAUAUGGGAACAUUUUCGUUGCCCCCAUUGGACUUGGAUCCGUUACCAAGUUUGUUCCCGUUUUCACCCUGUUCAGCGAAUAAUUUUAAAUCAGAAUGUAUUAAUGGUGGAGGUCCAACAGGAACAACAGGAUCAAAUCUAUUACAUCAUCAUCAUCAUCAUGGUAGUGGUAUUGUAAAACAGCCACAUGAUAUGGCUGAUGUAUUACUAUCAUUAAAACACGCAGUCGUACAUCCAGGACAACAAUCAGCAACAUCACCACAAGGCGGUGGCAGUAUAGGGAAUGGUGGAGGCGGUGCACCAUUAAGUCCACCCAAUUUUACAACUACUGCCGCCUAUCCACAACAAUCACAAUUAUCAUAUUCAAUGCACCCACAUCAGAUGCUGAUGUCACCAACAGCAUACCCAACCAGCUUUUGUGAUCAAAGCGGAAUGUUUGGUCCAACGAAUGGCAACUGUCAAGGACAUCAACAAUCUGGAAUGUUUCCCAGCAUGAGUGUCAAUGUCUCAAUGAACAUGACAAUGCAUGGAUAUCCACCACCGUAUCCAGAGACCAUACAACAUCAAGUCACUUGCCCACAAAUGCAAUGGAGUACAUCACCACAAAAUACAUCCCCUACAAUGUAUCAUCAACAAGCACAAGGCAUAUUAAGUCCUAGUUAUACUAGUGGGGGUACAACGUAUUCCUUUACCGCAGAUUUCCGUACACCGUCUGGAGGCGGUACUGGAAUUGGUGAUAAUCCGUUGAUAACAACAAGUUCCUCAUUUAAACCAGUAUUAAAUAAAAAUAGUAGUACAUUUUCACAAUUAGCGGCUGGACUGCGAUCACGUAGACAAAGUUUAGGUUAUAGUUCAUUAUCGCCAACAACGAAUUCAGUGAUUGGUGGACCAACAAAAAUUCAUACGGGUGCACUUAGUUCAGAGGAUGAAUCACAACGACCGAAUUUAUGCCGUAUUUGUGGUAAAACAUACGCCCGCCCAAGUACAUUAAAAACUCAUUUACGUACACAUUCCGGUGAAAAACCGUAUCGAUGUAGUGAUUGCAAUAAAAGUUUUUCACAAGCAGCAAACUUAACAGCACACGUACGUACACAUUCUGGUGAAAAACCAUUCCGUUGUCCAAUUUGUGAUCGUCGUUUUUCACAAUCCAGUUCCGUAACGACACACAUGCGUACACACAGCGGGGAGCGACCAUAUCGAUGUCGUAUGUGUAAAAAAGCAUUUAGUGAUAGUUCAACAUUAACAAAACAUUUACGAAUUCAUUCGGGCGAAAAACCAUAUCAAUGUAAAUUAUGUCUGUUACGGUUUUCACAAUCGGGUAAUUUAAAUCGUCAUAUGCGAGUCCAUGGUACAACUAAUAAUGGUGCGGGACCAACAAAUAGUCAUCACCAUCAGAUGUUAGGUACAGCUGGAUGACAUCAUCCAUAUUCUUUGAGUACAGCGGCUGCAGCUGCGGCCGCGAUGUCCUCCCAUCAUUAUCAUCA